AAAACGCCUUUCCUCGCGGCUUCUGCGCUCACAAGCAUAGUGAACGUCCCGAAAACCCGCCGGACAUUUUGUAAGAAAUGUGGGAAGCAUCAGCCCCACAAAGUCACACAGUACAAGAAAGGCAAGGAUUCUCUGUAUGCCCAGGGAAAGCGGCGUUAUGAUCGGAAACAGAGUGGCUAUGGAGGGCAGACUAAGCCAAUUUUCCGGAAAAAGGCAAAAACUACAAAGAAGAUUGUGUUGAGGCUUCAGUGUGUUGAGCCCAACUGCAGAUCUAAGAGAAUGCUGGCCAUUAAGAGAUGCAAGCAUUUUGAACUGGGGGGAGAUAAAAAGAGAAAGGGACAAGUGAUCCAAUUUUAAACAUCUUUUAUGAAGACAGAUCAAGAGUUGGUAUUUGAGGAAA